CCUCCUCCAGUCUGUGGGGUUUGAGGAGAUCUCUCUUGGAGCUGGAGAGGAGAGGUCCGCCGUCUCUCUCUCCUCCGGCAGCCACCGGGCUUCUCUGCAUCCUCCCGCCGCUUCAUCAUGGAUCUGGGGACUAAAACAAGAGUCGCUGGGAUUAUUAUCGCUCAGGUCGCCCUGGUUCUCUCCAGCUCGUACGGGACAACCGGAGAAGAGGUGUGUGACAGCGCACUGGUGUCCAAUCUGCCGCCAUCGUCCUUCAGGAGCUCCUCCCAGCUGUCCAGCAGCCACGCACCGGGCUUCGCCAAACUCAACAGGAGAGAAGGAGCUGGAGGUUGGUCCCCUCUCACCUCAGACAGGUAUCAGUGGUUGGAAGUCGACCUGGGCGAGCGGACCAAGAUCACCGCUGUCGCUACCCAGGGGCGAUACGGCAGCUCUGAUUGGCUGUCGUCGUACCUGCUGAUGUUCAGCGACACGGGACACAACUGGAAACAGUACAGACAGGAGGACAGUUUAGGCUCUUUUCCAGGUAACAGUAAUGCAGACAGUGUGGUUCAGUACAAACUGCAGCAGCCAGCGAUCGCUCGCUUCCUCCGCCUCAUUCCUCUGGACUGGAACCCCAGCGGGCGGAUCGGACUCAGGCUGGAGACUUAUGGAUGUCCUUAUACCUCUGAUGUGGUGAGUUUUGACGGCGGCAGCAGCAGUCUGGUGUACAGGCAGUCCCGGCCGAGGCGGAUGUCCAAAGAGGUCGUCUCUCUGAAGUUUAAAACCCUGAGGAAUUCUGGGACAUUGCUGCACGCAGUGGGAGAAGGAGGACUCAGCCUCAGUCUGGAGUUAGAGAGAGGAAAACUGCUGCUGCUGCUGCUGCUCAGACAAGGUGGGACUUCUUCCUCUGAACCUCAGCGUCUUGCCUCCCUUGGCAGCCUGUUAGAUGAUCAGCACUGGCAUCAUGUCGCAGUGGAGCGGCGAAGUGUUCACCUCAACCUCACUGUGGACAAACACACUGAGAGGGUUCAGAUCCCUGCAGAGUUCAGCCACUGGGACAUCGAACAGCUGAGUGUAGGAGCAGCCAAGAGCCUUGACUCCCAAAAACCAGUUGUCUCCAAGAACUUCCAUGGCUGCCUGGAAAACCUGCUGUACAACGGCCUCAACCUGAUAGAACGAGCUAAACACAAUAACCAGCAAGUUACUCUAAUGGGCAACGUGACCUUUUCUUGUGCUGAGCCAGUUUCCGUUGCCGUGACGUUUCACGGCCCCCAGAGCUUUCUCCAGUUGCCAGGGGCACCCGCAUCAGGGGGCGUGUCAGUGGGCUUUCAGUUUAGGACGUGGAACAAGGCGGGGCUUCUGCUCACCUUUGACCUCCCUCACAAAGGGGGUGUAGUGUGGCUCUACCUGAGUGAGGCCAGACUGAGACUACAGAUCCAUAAGGAUGGCAGGGCACUGCUGGAGCUCAGUGCAGGUACGGCUCUAAGUGACGGUCAGUGGCAUUCAGUGGAGGUAACCUCUGGACGAGGACGUCUGACCAUCGCUGUAGAUAAAGAAGAAGGAGGCGUCACUCAUGCCAGCCCCUCAUUUCCUGUCACCGUAGGAAGUCAACUCUUCUUUGGUGGUUGUCCUACUGAAGACGACAAUCAGGAAUGUAGAAACCCCUUCGAUAUCUUCCAGGGCUGCAUGCGUCUCCUCACUGUGGACAACCAGCCAGUGGACCUGAUCCUGGUGCAGCAAAGACUGCUGGGAAACUACAGCCAGCUGCAGAUUGACAUGUGUGGCAUCAUUGACAGGUGUUCUCCCAGUCGUUGUGAACAUGGCGGCCUCUGCAGUCAGUCCUGGACCGUUUUCCACUGUAACUGCUCUGACAGCGGCUACACCGGAGCCACCUGCCACAGCUCUGCGUAUGAACAGUCCUGUGAAGCGUACAAACACAACGGCAACUCCUCGGGACAUUUUUACAUCGACGUGGACGGCAGCGGACCAAUCAAACCACAGCUGGUCUACUGCAACAUGACAGAGGAGAACACAUGGAUGGUGAUGCAGCACAACAACACAGAGCUGACCAGAGUCCGACCCUCUCCAGGUGUGAGCCAGCAUAUAGUUCAUUUUGACUACUCGUCUCAAGAGGAACAGCUGUUGGCCAUUACCAGCCAAUCACAGCACUGCGAACAGGAGCUGUCCUACCACUGCAGGAAGUCCCGCCUCCUCAACACCCCAGAGGGCUCUCCGUUCAGCUGGUGGCUCGGUGGUCCCGGCUCCGGUCGUCUCCAGACUUACUGGGGCGGAGCUCAACCAGGAAGUCAGCAGUGUGCCUGCGGCCUGCAGGGCGACUGUGUGGACCCACAACACUACUGCAACUGUGACGCUGACCGAAUGGAGUGGGCUGAAGACUCAGGCCUGCUAACCCAUAAGGAGAGCCUCCCUGUCAGGUCUCUGGUGCUGGGUGACAUCCAGAGGCCAGGGUCAGAGGCUGCCUACAAAGUGGGACCUUUUCGUUGUCAUGGAGACAAGAACUUCUGGAACGCUGCGUUUUUCGACAAGGAGACGUCGUACCUCCACUUUCCCACCUUCCACGGGGAGCUGAGCGCGGACAUCUCCUUCCUGUUCAAAACCACGGCCUCCUCUGGUGUCUUCCUGGAAAACCUGGGCAUCAAAGACUUCAUUCGCAUCGAACUGAGCUCCUCCACUCUGGUGCUCUUCUCCUUCGAUGUGGGUAACGGCCCGCUGGAGGUUCGCGGGGAGUCGAGCGUCCCACUGAACGACAACCGGUGGCAUCGAGUCCGAGCCGAGCGCAACGUCAAGGAGGCGUCGCUUCGAUUGGAUGAACUUCCUGCCGCCACGCAGCAGGCUCCUGCUGACGGACACUUCCACCUGCAGCUCAACAGCCAGCUGUUCAUAGGAGGCACAGCGUCCAGGCAGAAGGGCUUUCGGGGCUGUAUUCGCUCUCUGCAGCUGAACGGCGUCACCCUGGACCUGGAGGAGAGGGCGAAGAUCACGCCCGGGGUUCGACCCGGCUGCCCGGGUCACUGCAGCAGCUACGGCUCGCUCUGCCAGAACCAGGGCCGCUGUGUGGAGAGGGUCAACGGCUUCCACUGUGACUGUGGCCUGUCAGCCUACACCGGAGUCUUCUGCCAUACAGAGGUUUCGGCCAUCUUUAAGUCAGGGACAUCCGUCAGCUACACCUUCAAGGAGCCGUACGAGUUAAUCAGGAACAGCAGCGCCCUGCCGUCCUCCAUCUACUCUGACAUGACGCUGAGAGGAGAGAACGUCUCUCUGAGCUUCAGGACGAACCAGAGUCCGGCUCUGCUGCUCUACGUCACCUCCUACUACAGAGAGUACCUGGCCCUGCUCAUCAACAAGCACGAUGAGCUGGAGGUGCGGUACAAGCUGGACAGCAACAGAGAAGCUGAAGUGUUGAGGAGCAGAGUGAGGAGUCUGGCCAACGGACAACUUCACACUGUGACCAUCAGGAGACUGACAGACUCCGUGUCUGUGCAGAUAAACCAAAAUGCCAGAGAGGACUUCAACCUGACAUCUGACGGAGAAUUUAACGCCAUCAAGUCUCUGGUGUUGGGCACAGUGCACGAUUCUGCAGAGUUGGAUCCAGACCUGGCCAGGGUCGCGUCUCUGGGCUUUACCGGCUGUCUGUCCGUGGUCCACUUUAACUCCAUCACUCCUCUGAAAGCUGCUCUGCUCCAUCCAAACACCAGUCCUGUCGUCAUCACUGGAUCUUUAGUGCAGUCCAACUGUGGUUCCUCAGCUUCAGCCAAUCCCUACGCAGCAGAGAACACUCACCACCUGUCAGACCAGUCUGGUUCAGUGGGUUCAGGUCAACCUUUAGUCAAUGCCAUCAGGACUGACUCGGCUCUGAUUGGAGGUGUGAUAGCGGUGGUGAUCUUCGUGGUUGUGACUGUCCUGGCGAUAACUGCCAGAUUCCUCUACCGGAGAAAAGAGACGUAUAGAAAUCAGGAAGUGAAGGGAGUCAAACAGGACGACAGCCAAGAUUUUCCUUUCAACAACCAAACGACUGACUCCCAGGACGUCUCCAGCGAAAGCCGAAAGGAGUAUUUCAUUUAACUAAAGGCCUGGUGACCUGGUGAACUGGGGGACUUUUUGGAGCUGAGGGUGCAGACCGGGGGUGUCCUGCCACGCCUCAGGACUUCACACUGCACUCAGAGACACUUGAGACUUCACUGGUAGAAGUGGCUCUACAAAAUGUGGAAGGCAAAAACAAAGAACAAUACACACAGUGUUGUCUUUUACUGUAUGUAUAUACUGAAACAGUACUGGACUGAAUAUCCUUUCAGAAAUUGUAUAUAUAAAAAAAAAAAAUGUAAAUGUUGGAAUAAUGUCUACAGUAAUCUCUAGCUAAUGUCACUCUGUCAUACUGAAAGUGUAGAAGUAUUCUGAAGGGAACUGAUUUUGUUUCAUGGAUUCAUUUACAGUGUUCAAAAACAGUUUUAUUUCUUUAUUGCGGUGAAUCAGGGGACUUGGAAUCAUGACUGGAGUCAUUUGGCUGAUGCACUUUUCUGUGAGGAAGAAUGGAUGUUUAUGUAAUUGGAAGUAGAAAUGUUUGACCCUUAAUUAGGCCCUCAGGAAAAGUACUUCAGUAAGAGCUGGUGUUUGGUGGUUCACUCACUGUGUGUGAUGCCUUUCUGUUGUGCGGGCAUAACAGUAUGUACUCGUUAGAGGCUGUACAGCCUUGAAAAUCUGCUUAAGGGAAACCUGUGUGUGCUUGUACACUUGGAAAAUUUACAAGUAUUGUCAGAGUCCCUGCAGCCGACAUACGCCUACCAAAUGCCAGGAUGUCUUUUUGAUGAUUUUCCAGCUCCAGUCAGCACAUGAAUUAAAUAUGUUCAUGAGUGAAUUACUUCCAGCAACAUUGUGCUACCACAGAAUUUUCGUGUUAGCAAGUGGCGUCUUCAAAGUCAACACAGUCUUACUCACUCCAGUCAUGCACAUCGCCAUGAGCACAUUGUGCAUUUGUGCUGAAAUGGUACACUGCAGUCUGGCAGCUACUGGUUGAGAGACUUAGAGACUUUUAUACAGAAGGGAUUGAUUUUCUACUUCAUUUCCAUUUUUAUUCUUUUUUUCUCAUUCCUCUAACUGCAGCUCUUUCUUUCCUCUCGUGACGUCUUCCCAUCGUAACAUGAAAGCACAACAAAAACAGGUAACAAAACUACAUCCGUGAGGAUUGAACUUUUUUUUUAAUUUCCAAUAGUUUGCGAGCUUUUCAGAAGCAGCUUGUUCACUUUAAUAUGAACGUUUUGUCCUCCCUGCUGCAUGCCGCCUGCUGGGAGCUUCCUCCCCCAGCUCUCUGAACAGUGAAGCUUUUAACAGCAACAGCAGCGCAGGCUCUGUAACACUGUGGCUGUCUGUCACCUCGUUCACUGCACGCAGAGACAGUUAAUGUGUUUUUGAAAUGCUAAUCUGCUUCGGUCUGACAGGUGGAUUGUAACGCGAUAGAAAGCAGUAAGAUGAUCAGAAUGAGACCGCGAGAUAAUCCAAGAGACAGAGUGUCAGGCAGACAUGGAUGUAAUGAAAACACAUUCUGAUAUUAACACUGAAAAUGAAGCAAAUCCCUCCAUGUGAUAAUUCAGCUCAUGUGUAAAGAGUGCUGCUGAUGGAGGGAAGCCAAGAAGCAGAAAGAGCAUCGACAGCAGCUGUUUAUCAAACAUACACCACCGUCUCUCUGCGAGACCCCAAAGCACAGAUGGGAUUUUAAUGACAAAAGUUGCUAAAACUUCAAAGUGCAUUAUUCAUCACUUUGUCUUUUCUUCUUUUUCCCCCCACCUCACAACAGCUGAGGCCACACAUCCACAUCCUUGAUUCAAAAGACUUUAUUCUCUGAAGAAGCAAAGUGACUGUCCUCCAGCCUGCAGCAGAACUCACUCCAGUGCAACACUUGAUUGCAGAGAGGAACUCAAAUGGUAAUCUUGACAGCCGGAUAAUCUUUGCAGAUUGAGCGCAGCUGGAGGACACUGCAUAAAGAUAUAGCAAAAUAAAGAUCCAGAUAAGAACAUUUUAAUUUUUUAGAGAGUGUCCAUAUAACAUUAGCAGCAAGUCAAUGAUGUAAACAGUGAUGUGUGCAAAGCAGCAAAGAAACAUGUUUGACCUUAAACCUUGGUCAAGUGUCACUGUGAACAAUUUUUUUGUUUUGUCAAACCACUUUCAUCAACAGAACAAAAACAUUACAACAGUUUUACAUUUGAACCUGCUUUAUUCGCACCUGUAACCUGAACAUUUUGGUUAAUUUUGGAUUUAAAGUUUAAAGGCCUAGUCACACCAGAAAGUAACACAACAAAAUGAAUCCACAUGUUUAAAGGCUCAGUGACAUAGUGACUACUGGCAGGGUUAGUUUGCAAACUGCUCUUGAGCUAACAUGCUAGCCAGCCGGGACAUGUUAGCAUUAGUCAGUCACAAUAAGUUUCAGAGCUUCUUUCUAUUUUUUAGGCACUGUGCUGUUUACUUCCCCUGGCAUUUUGUUUUCAGUACCAUCAAUCAUUUCAUUCAAUAAAGAGAGAAAAAGCGAAUAAACUUUCUAAUUACUUGCUAACUGUCAGCUAGCAAGCUUGUUAGCCACUAAUGGGGCAGCGAGUUCACCCAGUUAAUUCAAAAGAGGUAUCAGUACUAUCCACUCCCACUGUCUGCAAACUAUUCCUCCUUUUUGGAGCAGCUUCUAAUCUGUCAAAGGAGUUUAAAUAAAUCUCAAGGGUGUAAUGCGGCUAAUAUGCUAUAACAGCUUUCCCCAUUUUGUCAGCAGCAGUCAAGAUGGCAUGUUAUUGCUUAACAACACAAAUUUGCGCUUCACCUUGCUCCCAUGACUGACUCCACUAACCCUGGCAGUUUUUAUUCAUUUUUAUUAAACAUUAAUUGAUAACCUUAGCCAUUUUAAAUGCUGGUGUGACUAGGCCUUAUGCUAUUCUGAAAUUUGCUUAUUGUCAUCAAAUUCCAUGAAAAAGACUAAAACAAUAAAUUGCUCUUACUAACAAUAUUAUCUGUGUGGCCAAAGCAAUUCUUCAGUAAUAUGAACACAGUCACACUGCAGUUUAUUUUGAAUCAAUUCCACAUACUCCGUCCUGCUGCCAGAAAUACUAUAGCACCAAUUGUAUAUUCAUCCAAAAAUUGAAAAUGGCCCCCUACAAAUGCAUUAUUUCCUCCUUUUUAAGUAACUUUUGCAAAAAAAACUACAGUGCCCAGAUGUUGGAAUUACGGAGUUUUUUUAUUCAAUCAAACUAUAUAUAUAUAUAUAUAUGUGACCUGCUUUUAAUAUCUUUAAAUAUAUCUUCAGUAGGAGCCAGUAGGUUUAGGACCGAGGCUACAGACAAGGUUACCUUGGAGAUAACUGAUUAAUACAUUAUUGAAUUUGGUCUUUUCAUGGGAUUUGUUUUGACAAUGAGAAAAAUGUUGAAUAACUUCAGCUUUAUCCUUUUAGGAGUUAAUAUUUUUGACUGACAAUGUUCUAGUUUCUCUCUGACAAUGCACUGGUUUAAAGUCGAAGUGUUGUCACUGUAACUGUAGUGUUAGUAAAUAACAGUGAUGUUGUGAGUGUGAGUGACCUGCCAUAGAAAUAUACAGAUUCUACUCAUAUUCUGGUUGUUUGAUUAUCGACAAAAUCCUGUUAAGUCCUGUAAGAUAAUAAAAUAAUCAUAAUUUUU